GGAACAGCUACCCCAUGCCUCGUUCCGACGAGAUGUUCAACCGCCUGGCAGGCAACCGCUUCUUUACGAAGAUUGAUCUUCGUAGCGGUUGCCAUCAGAUCCGCAUCGCUGCAGCAGACCAGCUGAAAACAGCGUUCCGAUCGCGCUUCGGCCACUAUGAGUUUACGGUGAUGCCAUUCCGCCUCACCAACGCACCCGCCACCUUGCAGAGGGCGAUGGACGACAUCUUCAGGGACAUCCUGGAGCAAAAUGUUCUCGUCUAUGUCGACGAUAUCCUAGUCUACAGUCGUACCUUGAAGGAGCACAUACACCUCCACGACGUCCUUGACCGCUUGCGCAAACAUGACUUCUAUGCCAAGCUGAGCAAGUGCCGCUUUGCCCAGCACAAAGUGGAUUUCUUAGGACACUACGUGUCUGACCAGGGUCUUUACAUGGACGACGCGAAGAUCACUGCUAUUGCGGAGUGGCCCCUACGUGUCCGGGCAGUAGCAGAGUUCCAUGACCAGGCAGCCGCCGGUCAUAUAGGUUUCCACAAAAUGUUGGCUCGUGUGAGCCGCCCGAAGCGCAAGGACUUUGUGAAGGACUACGUGGCAGAGUGUCCCACCUGUCAAGAGGUGGACGGUGCGAACUACCUGCCUUAUGGUUUGCUCCACCCUCUUCCUAUUCCUGAGGGUCGUUGGCAGUCCAUCUCGAUGGACUUCAUCGGUCCUCUUCGUCCUCCGACCCCCCGCGGUCAUGAUGCUAUCCUGGUCGUCGUCAACCGCUUCACGAAGCGUGCACGCUUUGUUCCGUCCCGCUAUGCCAUCAGUGCACGAAAGGUCGCUGACAUCAUGUUUGGCCGAGUCAUGCGUGACCACGACUUACCUCUGAGCAUCAUAUCUGACCGUGAUCCGCGCUUUACCAGUCGAUUUUGGCGACGCCUUCACGAGGUAUACGACACCCAGCUUCGCUUAUCCUCGUCUUACCAUCCCUAGACUGAUGGUCAGACCGAGGUCACGAACAGGACUCUCGGAGAUAUUCUCCGAGAAAUUGUUCGUGAGGACCAGCAGUGAGAUCUCCACCUUGCCCACACGGAGAUAGCCUACAACCACACCGUUUCGCCAACCAUGGGGAUGUCGCCUUACUAUUGCGACCUCGGCUAUCACCCUCAUGUUCCCCCGGACUUCCUUCGACCGUCACAGAUGCACCCCGCCACAAGUUGUCCUGCGCUGGAUGAUUGGUUUGCACACAUGACGUCGAUCAUGAAGACCGCACAUGGAGCACAUAGCCGCUUUCCAUACUCGCAUGGCAACAAGUGCGAACCGAUCGCGGAUGGAUCAUCCAUUCAAAGUCGGUGAUGAUGUGCUUAUCGACGCCCGCCACUUACAACUCGAAGCGGACACGCUUCGCAAGUUUCGGCGUC